AUGUUUGACGUCUCGGUGCUGCAGGACUCCAUCACAGAGGAGGUGGUGGAGCUGCUCGCUCCUUACCUCCACAUGGACGACUACAACAUGGAGACGGCCAAGAGGAUCUGUGGGAACGUGGCGGGGCUCUGCUCCUGGACUCAGGCCAUGGUCGACUUCUUCAGCAUCAACAAGGAGGUUCUUCCUCUGAAGGCUAACCUGGCCAUGCAGGAGGCCCGUCUGCUGGUGGCUCAGGCUGAACUCACUAAGGCUCAGGAACAGCUGGAUGCUAAACAGCUGGAGCUGGACGCGGUGCAGGCGCUUUACGACGCUGCCAUGAAGGAGAAGCAGGACCUGGAGGAUGACGCCCAGUCCUGCCGCCGGAAGAUGGCCAACGCUCGCGCUCUGAUCGACGGCCUGGGAGGAGAAAAGGUCCGUUGGACCGACAGCAGCGCGGGGUUUCAGACUCAGAUCAAACACCUGGUGGGGGACGUCCUUCUGGCCACAGGCUUCCUGUCCUACGCCGGCCCCUUUAACCAGGAGUACCGCAGCCUGCUGCUGACGCUGUGGAGGAAAGAGAUGGAGGAGAAGCUCCUCCCCUUCAGUCCCGAGCUGAACGUGAUUGGUCUGCUGGUGGACAACGCCACAGUGAGCGAGUGGAACCUGCAGGGUUUACCCAGCGACGACCUGUCCAUCCAGAACGGCAUCGUGGUGACGAAGGCGUCCCGCUACCCGCUGCUGAUAGACCCCCAGGGCCAGGGCAAGACCUGGAUCCAGAACAGAGAGCGAGACCAGCAGCUGCAGGUGACGUCUUUGAACCACAAAUACUUCCGUUCCCACCUGGAGGACAGCCUGUCUCUUGGGCGCCCCCUGCUGCUGGAGGAUGUUGGUGAGGAACUGGACCCUGUCCUGGACAACAUACUGGACAAAAACUACAUCAAGUCUGGCUCCACUUACAAGGUGAAGGUUGGAGACAAGGAGGUGGAUGUAAUGAAGGGCUUCACGCUCUACAUCACCACCAAGAUGGCCAACCCAGCAUACAGCCCUGAGGUCAGCGCCAGGACGGCCGUGGUGGACUUCACCGUCACUCAGAGAGGCCUGGAGGACCAGCUGCUGGGACGGGUCAUCCUGCUGGAGAAGCAGGAGAUGGAGGCAGAGCGAGUGAAGCUCCUGGAGGAGGUGACGUCCAACAAGAGGAAGAUGCAGGAGCUGGAGGACAGCCUGCUGUUCAGGCUCACCAGCACACAGGGCUCGCUGGUGGAGGACCAGUCUCUGAUCGAGGUGCUGAGCGUCACCAAGAUCACCGCUCAGGAGGUAAGUGAGAAGCUGACGGUUGCCGCGGAGACAGAGGUGAAGAUUAACCAGGCCAGGGAGGAGUACCGGCCAGUGGCCACCAGGGGGAGCAUCCUCUACUUCCUGAUUGUGGAGAUGUCGCUGGUGAACGUCAUGUACCAGACGUCGCUGCGGCAGUUUCUCGGGCUUUUUGAUUCGUCCAUGCAGAACUCGGCCAGGUCGCAGGUCACCUCCAAACGCAUUAGCAACAUCAUCAGCUUCCUCACCUACCAGGUGUACCGUUACACAGCCAGAGGUCUGUACGAGGAACACAAGCUGCUCUUCACUCUGCUGUUGGCUCUAAAGAUCGACCUGCAGGCCCGAAUCAUCUCGCACGUGGAGGUGCUCACCUUCAUCAAAGGUGGAGCCUCUCUGGACCUGAACUCUGUAGAAUCGAAGCCACGGCGCUGGAUCCUGGACCAGACCUGGCUGAACCUGGUGCAGCUGUCCAGCCUGCCUGCGUUCUUCCAGAUUCUGAACCAGGUGAACCAGAACGAGCGCACCUGGAAAGCGUGGUUCGACCAUCCAGCACCAGAAGACGCCCCGCUGCCCGAUGGCUACGAGGAGAAGCUCGACACCUUCCGGAAGCUUCUGCUCAUCCGGAGCUGGUGCCCCGACUGGACCAUCGCUCAGGCGCGGCGCUACAUCUCAGAUUCUCUGGGCCAACAGUACGCCGAAGGCACGGUCCUGGACUUGGACACCAUGUUGGCAGAGAGCAACAACCAAACGCCGAUGGUGUGUCUGCUGUCGAUGGGCUCCGACCCGACUGAGAACAUCGAGAGAUUAGCCAAGAAUAAGGGGGCGCCGUGCCAUCCCAUCUCCAUGGGUCAGGGCCAAGAGGUUCACGCUCGCAGGCUAUUGGCCAACAGCAUGCUGGACGGCGGCUGGCUCCUCCUCCAGAACUGCCACCUGGGACUGGACUUCCUGGAUGAGCUGCUGGAGACGGUCACAUCAGCCGUGCCGGAGAGCGCGCACAAAGAUUUCCGAGUGUGGCUGACGACCGACGUGCACCCCAGGUUCCCCAUCACCUUCCUUCAGUCCUCCAUCAAGUUCACCAAUGAACCUCCUCUUGGCAUGAAAGCCGGUCUGAAGAGGACUUUUAAUGGUGUCACUCAGGACCAGCUAGAGAUCAGCAACCUGCCUCAGUGGAAGCCUCUGCUGUACGCUGUGGCCUUCCUCCACACCACCGUCCAGGAGCGUCGUAAGUUCGGUCCGCUCGGCUGGAACAUCCCCUACGAGUUCAACCAGGCAGAUUUUACCUCCAGCAUCCAGUUUGUGCAGAACCACCUGGACAACCUGGACGUGAAGAGAGGCGUGAACUGGAGCUGUCUGCGCUACAUGCUCGGUGAAGUCCAGUAUGGCGGUCGGGUGACGGAUGACUUGGACAAACGGCUCCUCAACACGUUCACGAGUGUCUGGUUCAGUGAGAGCACCUUCAGUGAAGCUUUCUGCUUCUUUAAGGGCUACAGCAUCCCUGCCAAGGCCAAGAGCAUCCAGGAGGUCCUGCAGCACAUCGAGGGGCUGCCGCUGGUCGACUCACCGGAGGUGUUUGGACUCCACCCCAACGCUGACAUCACCUACCAGACCAACCUGGCGAAUGACACGCUGAGCACCAUAAUCGACAUCCAACCGAAGGACACCGGAGGCGGGGCCGGGGAGACCAGGGAGGCCAGCGUGCAGAGACUAGCCAAUGAGAUGCUGGAGAAGCUGCCACCUGACUACAUCCCACAUGAGGUCAAAGGUCAACUCCAGAAGAUGGAUCCUCUUCAGCCAAUGAACAUCUUCCUCCGACAGGAGUUGGACCGAAUGCAGCGUGUCAUCAGCAGCGUACGGAGCACGCUCACUGACCUCAGACUGGCCAUCGAUGGGACCAUCAUCAUGUCUGAAGACCUGCGCGACGCCCUCGACAGCAUGUUCGAUGCUCGGAUCCCGCGCCUGUGGCUGAGGCUCAGCUGGCCGUCGGCCACGCUCGGCUUCUGGUUCAGCGAGCUGCUGGAGAGGAACCAGCAGCUCAGCGCGUGGAUCAGCGCCGGCCGGCCCAACCAGUUCUGGCUCACCGGCUUCUUCAACCCGCAGGGUUUCCUGACCGCCAUGCGCCAGGAGACGACACGCUCCAACCUGUCCAGGGGCUGGGCCUUGGACACGGUCACCCUUAGCAACGAUGUCACCAAGAUGAUGAGGGAGGACGUCUCAGCUCCGCCCCCUGAAGAUGUGGUGGAGUCUAUAUCUAUGGCCUCUUUCUGGAUGGAGCGGGAUGGGACAGACGUCCUCUUCACCCCCUCCCUGUGGUCCACGUCUUCGCCGUCAGCUCAGCCAACACGGCCGACAGUAAGCGCCCCCUGGCGGCGGGGGGCGGUCAGCCUGUACUCGUGUCCCGUCUACAAGAAGCCUCGACGCACCGACCUGAACUUCAUCUUCUCCCUGCAGCUGAGGAGCGUGCAGCCGCCCGAGCACUGGACGCUGCGAGGCGCCGCGCUGCUCUGCGACUGCAAGUGA